AAUCUUGACGCCGUGGUGCUCAUGUUUGGCUUUGUUGUUGUUGUUUUUUUUUUUUUGUAAUUGUUUCGGGUUACUGUAGAAGCUGUGUCCCGGCAGCUUAAGCCACAGCUGUUGUGAAUAUGUUUGCGUGGUUUUACUGAGGACUACAGACCCUCUGACUCGCACGCGGCAUCGUUGUUCAGCCCGCUCAUAGAGAGUGUCGGGAUUUAAAGGUGUAAAGUAGCCUGUCAUUGUGUUGUGUUGCCAUGGACAAGGCUUGGCGCGUGGAGUUUCGAAACGUGGGCUGUGCCUACUUCCCCCAGAGCAGAGUCGACUGCCACUACACACUGAGCUCGCAGCACAGCUGGGUCAGCAGUGACUGGAUUGGGCUCUUUAAGGUCGGAUGGUCGUCAUUGAAGGACUAUGAAACCUUCGUUUGGGCUCUGGCCCCAGCCGAUUAUCAAGAGGGCACAGAGGUCAACUGCUGCGUGCACUUCCAGGCCUCCUACCUGCCCAAGCCCAGCUCCCAGGAGUAUGAGUUCAUAUAUGUUGAUGCUAAAGGGGAAGUGUGCUCCCGCAGCUCAACAUUCACUUUCUGUGCACCGAAGCCUCUGGAAGACCUGGUGACCCUGGAGGACGAAUCCCACGGAGGCACAGACAUGCUGCUGGUAAUACCCAGGGCAGAACUGCUGCAGAGUCGGCUACAGGAGUGUCUGCAGGAGCGCGCUGAGCUGCUGCGUGAGCAGGAGGCGGCCAAAAAGCAAAGGGAGAGAGACAGGGAGGACUACAAGAAGGAGAAGCUGCAAUGGGACAGACAUCGCAGAGGGUUGGAGCGUGAGGUCAGCAGGCUGAAGGAGGAGCUGGCGCAGAGUGAUCAGAAGAUCGAGGAGAUGGAGAUGAAGCAGCAGGAUGAAAAGGCUUUAGGAGAUUGCUUAGUCCAGGAGAAAGCUGCUUUAAUGGAGGUCAAGGCAGCAAAAGAGCAGCUGAUCAGAGAGCUUGAAGAAGACAUCAAAACACUGACACAAAGAGCCGUGGAAAGAGAGACAGAAUUGGAGAGAAUGAAAGACAGAGCCAAGAGGGCAAUUGCCUUGAGAAAAGAGGAGGAGACUGAAAAAAGAGGCCUGCAGAACAAGCUGGAUCAGACUGAAGCUGAGCUCAGGAGUUUGUCUAAAGAGUUCCAGGUUCUCAGGAACUCCCUGGCCCAGAGAGACACCAGCGUCCUGCAGCUCCAGAACACCAUCACCACCCUCACACAGAAACUCACCACUGCCCACAGGAAGGAGACUGAAAGUGAAGCGUCGCUAAAGGAGAUGCGGAGCCUACGCGAACGAUUCCACAUGAGCGAGCGCACCGUCGAGGGCCUGAAGAGCGAUCUGAGCUCGCUGGCAGCCCAAAAGGAUCAUGUGCAGGCCGAGCUGCACCAGGCUCGAGUGCAGGCCGCCCAACUCACCAUUCAACUUGCAGAUGCCAGCAUGGCCCUGAGAGAAGGAAGAGCCAACUGGGCUCAAGACAGGCAGAUUCUGCAGAACGCUGCGGAGUUGGACCAGGACCACUUGGAGAGAAUCAACGCAGAGCUGCAGAAGAUGCAAGAGAGGCUGCGGGAGGAGAAGAUGGAGAGGGUGAAGCUGGAGGUUGAGCUUGGUAGAGAAAAAGAUUGCAACCGGGUUCAGCUGAGUGAAACACGAAGGGAGCUGCAGGAGCUGAAAGCCAGCCAGAGGGUUGCACAGAAAGAGAAAGAGCAGCUGCAAGCAGAGAAGCAGGAGUUGAUGGAGUACAUCUGUCAGCUGGAGCAGAAGACGGGAACAGUGACCACUGCCAGGUGGGACGCGGCUCCAAUUGCCUCUACAGGGCGUCCCGAGACUGCGCUAUCCGACUCCGAGGACGAGAGCCCGGAGGCUUUGCAGAUCCUCCAUCCGCCAAGAUCUCUGGGCCACUACAGCCUCUGCGAGCAGGGCCAGCCUGACUCCCUGCUGCUCUCGACCCCCGCCAUCGCCCCGCGGGACGCGGACAGGAGCGCUGUGGUCAUCAACCAGCCCGCCCCGCUCUCCCUGCCACACCAGGCCAACGCCGACACUCUGCCUCACAGCUCUGAUUCGGAGGAGGAAUCUGAUCCAGUCCUGCAGGGAAGCAAAAACUCUGAAGAGGAAACAGCACUUCUGUUGCCUGAGUACAAGGACGCAUUUCUAAGCGAUCUGGCAGACACCUCGCUAUGGUGACAGGCGGAUAUCCAGCCAAGACAACAGCGAGCAUUCACAAAGCAGGAAGGGACUUUGUUUUCCAGCUGCGUCGACUAACAAGCACAUAAACAGCACAUUAUAAACGCAGGACACAAUGUUAUAUGCAAUUA